GCCUUCCGGUUCCUCUGGCAGAUCAGCUGACUCUGAUGCUGCUGUCAGGAGACCUCACCAACUGUAUUGAAUGGCAACUAUGAAAAUGAUCAAGCCAUAAACAGCGAUAUUUAUUUCCACUGCUAACGGACACAUUUGGUAUUCACAGUUUUCUCUAGCUUCACCAGUGCUGUCGAAACCAUGUCAGAGUUUUGGUUGAUCUCUGCACCGGGAGAGAAAACCUGCCAGCAAACAUGGGACACCAUGAUGGCAGCCACCACACGUACCAACAACCUCUCCACCAACCACAAGUUCAACAUCCCAGACCUCAAGGUGGGGACACUAGAUGUCUUGGUUGGGCUGUCGGAUGAACUGGCCAAAUUAGACUCCUUUGUUGAAAGUGUGGUGAAGAAGGUUGCUCAGUACAUGGCUGACGUGCUGGAGGACAGUCGAGACAAAGUGCAGGAGAACCUGCUGGCCAACGGAGUUGAUCUUGUCACCUAUAUCACCAGAUUCCAAUGGGACAUGGCAAAAUAUCCCAUCAAACAGUCACUUAAAAACAUCUCUGAAAUCAUCGCAAAGCAAGUAAGCCAGAUUGACAAUGACCUGAAGGCCAGAGCAUCCACCUACAACAACCUGAAGGGAAACCUGCAGAACCUAGAGAGGAAGAACGCGGGGAGCCUGCUGACCAGGAGCCUGGCCGACAUCGUCAAGAAGGAAGACUUCGUUCUCGACUCGGAGUACCUCAUCACUAUGCUGGUAGUUGUACCAAAGCUGGGGUACGCAGACUGGCAGAAAACAUACGAGACACUGGCUGAGAUGGUGGUGCCCCGAUCCUCAAAUCUGCUGUUUGAAGACAAUGACAGCGGACUGUUCAGCGUCACUCUGUUCCUGAAAGCCAUCGACGACUUCAAACACAAAGCCAGAGAGAACAAGUUCACAGUGAGAGAGUUCCAGUACAACGAGGAGGAGAUGAAGGCAGACAAAGAGGAGAUGACGCGGCUCUGCACAGAUAAGAAGAAGCAGUUUGGCCCGCUUGUCCGAUGGCUGAAAGUGAACUUCAGUGAAGCCUUCAUCGCAUGGAUUCACAUCAAAGCACUGAGGGUGUUUGUGGAAUCUGUUUUAAGAUAUGGGCUGCCGGUGAACUUUCAGGCCAUGCUCCUGCAGCCAACCAAGAAGACCAUGAAGAAGCUGAGGGAGGUGCUGAAUGAUCUGUACAAACAUCUGGACAGCAGUGCAGCUGCUAUCAUCGACGUGAGUACUUUGAUAUGAUUGUGUAACAGCUCUCACUACAAGGUAGAAGCAACAAGAAAAACUCUGCACAUCUCGGAGGAACACAGUCAUGUGCUACAAUAAUAACCUUAUAAUAUGAUUAUCUUAUCAGAAGUUAGGAUAUACAAUAUUAUGUCGGUAUGUAUACCUAUAAUACUUCCAUGACUUAAAAGAAUCCCAAAGUAUCUUUUUCAGAGACUAUUCUUUGUAGCUAUUAUAGACAUAGACAUAAAUGUUAUAUUGUAAUGUAGUGCAUUGCAAAAUAACUAGUUUCAACAACAGAACAUGUGUCUUAAAGCCACAUUACACACUAAUUCAAAGCAGCUUUUGAGUGUGUUCACACUUGAGAAGUGACAAAGUAAAGUAUACUGAAACCACACUUAAUGAAAGCUUGAUAUUUUCAGUCUCACUUUUCAUUUACUGAAUACUUUCCUGUUAGUGAAAUGGUAAAAGUAAGUCGAUGUUUUUUGGGGAGGGAGGGAUAUGUAACUCCAAAAAUAUAGUAUGACGAUUAGCAUGUCGUAGAUUCUGUAUACAAUCGUUAUUAAUGUGGGACACAAUCUCUUUCUCUCCUCCAUCACUGUGUGAGAUAGUAACAGGUGCUCCUUCUCAUGGCCAGAGCUGGUUA